AUGUCAUCAGUCAAACGCUUGGUUUAUGCAGUAAUUCAUUUCUUGAGAGAGCAGAGUCAGCUGGAUACCUUCACUGCAGAUGAACAAGAAAGCUUGGAAGUUGCAAUUCAGUGUUUGGAGACUGUGUUUAAGAUUAACUUGGAAGAUACUUACCUUGCACCUCCACAGCAUUUGAUAGAAAUGUUCACAAACUCUUUUCAAAAGAAUGACAUGCUGCCUCUCUCAAGUUCUUUACCAGAGGAUGUUGAAAAGGCUGACCAACUGAAGGAUGAAGGUAAUAAUCAUAUGAAAGAAGAAAAUUAUGGUGCCGCAGUGGAUUGUUAUAGUAGAGCUAUAGAACUGGAUCCAAACAAUGCAGUCUAUUACUGCAACAGGGCUGCUGCUCAAAGUAAGCUCAACAAGUACAGUGAAGCAAUAAAGGAUUGUGAGAGAGCCAUAGCAAUAGAUCCAAAGUACAGCAAAGCAUAUGGCAGAAUGGGGUAAGCUAAUACAAACCUGAGUAAACACUGA